AUGGCAGAAUCGCUGGAGGACCUGGGUGCUAUGCUCAAUGACCUCAACAGUGUCUCCCAACGGCGCUGGCGAGACAGACACGAGUUUGACGUGUGUGAGUGCGAGUUGCCCGUAACAAACCAGUCGGGCCCCCGCUACCUGUGCGACCGAAAUUCCAGCAUCCGCGGCGGGUCAACAGACGCGGGCGACCCGCGGGACCAGUGCCGGCAAAUCGGCGCCUCCGGCCCGAUCAUUACU